UCUGUGGUCGCUUACGGUCUAGGCUUCGUCAAAUUGCUUAAUACUAUACCGGUACGCAUGUGUUAAAUAACAGCACUGUAAAACAGACUAUUUGGCUAACGUACUGUAAAUGUCCUGCCUGGUUAUCAAGCAGCUUGGCAUAUUCCAUGUAAUUAUGGUUAUCGGCUUGUCCAAGUCCUAACUUCCAUUCAGGGUAGUACGUUAUGUGACUUCUUAACUGACAUGUCCAGUACUGCAAAAAUUCACAGAUGACUUCGCAUCAGGUGCAACAGGGACUUAGCAGGUAGCUACAAUUAAUAUCCAUAUGACCUGGCGCGAACCCUAGUAGCACUUAUACAGCAGCAACGAAGACGCCUACGCGGCGAGAAGGCGUGAUGGAGGAGUUGUCGCUUGAGGACAAAGGCAGGGAGAGGAUGGAUUUGACCUUCGCAGAUGUUUGUCAGAUGCUUACCAGGCCAGCGCUGGAAACUCUCUCUAGCUUCCUGGAAAGCGAAAGGAGCCUGGGUAAUGCACGCCUGGCGUUUCGCGCGCUGCGCCAAGCAGUUGAUGUCUCCGUGCGAACUGUUUCGCCAAAGGUCAGCCUCGGCCGAGAGCUUGUAUAUGACGAUAACCGCGACUACCAGCAGCUAGGGGACAUAAGCCCCGGCCUCCAGCAGUUAUGGGAGGAGGGCAGGAUGCCCUCGCUUGCACGCUGGCCCCGCUGUGAUACUAUUCGGCUGGACCUGGACUCACUUGGAAAGGUGUUCUACGACGUCGGCACUGAGGGCAUCGCAGCGCUGGUAGCGCUGCAGUAUGUGGGGUCGCCGCUGGAAGUCCGACAGCGUAUCAGGCGUGUGGAGAUAAGCUUGCAGCUGGAUCCUGAAAGGGAUUUUUGGGAAAAGCACGAUGUGGGCGUCCAGUUGGCUGUGGCUCAGCUGCCGCUGUGGCUGCCAGCUCUUGAGGAGCUGGACCUCUCCAACGUAGAGCCCCUCCGGGUUGAGCCAUCAAAGCGUCAGCAGCAGCUCAUGUUUAGCGCUCUGUCCACCCUGCCACGCCUGGAGCGGCUAGCCCUACCCGCAUGUAGGGCAUUGGAGGGUGUACGGGCCCUGGCGGGAAACAGCAGCCUUACAAGCUUGGCAGUUAUGGCAGGGGACGAACAUCCGGAAAACAUGUUUACAGCUGGUUUCUUCGACGAGCUAGUCAGGUUGAGGCAUCUGGAGGUGCUGCAUUUGAAAGAUUGCGACCUGCUGUUUGACAAGGGAGAUGAGCCCAGCUAUGAGAAGCUGCGCCUGCUGCUGAGCAGUUUGCCACCCUCUCUGCGGCACCUCCGGCUGGAGCACAACGCGCCAGAGAGGACAGUGGACGUGCACCUAAACACGGUGUCGUGUGCAAGUCGUGUUCCUAGGACCAACCGUCCAACUGUCUUGCCGAAGUUGGAAGAAGAGACGCCUGCGGUGUUUAUUGGUUGCUUUACGUAUAGCGGUUUAUUGGUUAUCCGCUUGCUUUGCCAGUGUUUGCGAUGCGCUUGCCCGUAUCUCGCGAUUUGGUCGUUAGUUCGUUGCCUUCCCUGGAGUCGUAGAUCUUGGGCCGGCUUGUUUGUUCCCGAGAGCGCCUGGUUCGGCGCUUCUCGGGGCCUCACAGUGCUACACCGCACGGCAACAUUUACAGUCCGUAAUCGUUGUUAGAGUCCAACGAAAGCCUACUAUACUGACCGUGCAUAGCGCUACCAGCUGCGUCGCAAUAGCCGGCUUGGCCAGCCCUAUCGCGUAGCACCUAUCUAGCACACCAGCCUGCUAUUUAGUAGCCGUAUCAGCGCCGGCAAUCGGAGCGUGGGGCCUCAGCCGCCUACUUACUUCGGGCCUCUGCGACGUCGUGGCGCGUCGCACCGCUUACAGUAUCGCCUACAUCCUAUAGGGGUUACCGGGCGGUGCCUUUGGCUACCACAUCCCGGUGCGGAGUGUCCCUCAGCCACACUUCGCGUCAGCAUAAGGCCUCAUUCUCAGGCAGCUGACUAAUCCCUGGUGCUCCUUGCCGGCACCAUCCAUUCAACAAUUCAAGCAUAGGAUUGUUGUUUGGUCAACCCGCUCCUUUGCCCCGAGAAGCGCCUUCCAGCCAAGGCAGCAUCGACCGUGACAUCGCGCGAACUACCUCGCCGCGAGUUCAACGUCAUGGCAUCCCAAGCCGGUGCUCUUCCUGAAAUUGAAGAAGAUAUUGAGGCGCUGCUCGGCCACGACGGUGCCGUCGCUCCGGACCCGACUCCGGCCGAUGCAAGGGCUGUUCGUCGCGCUGGCUUCAACGUGGCGCGCAACCUCACCAUGGGCGUGCGCCGCCUGGAGGAUCUCGCCAUGGGCGAGGGAGGAGACCAAGGGCUCGACUACGUGGACGGCGCUACUGAGGAGCUCCCUCCACAACCUCAGACCGGGUUAGAUGGGGAGGGGCAACAGGGGGGAAUGGAUGAUGCGGACUCCUUUAGCUUUGGUCUUCCACCAGCCCAACAGCUAGGGGGGUCUGACGGGCCGCAGCCGCUUGCAGCGGGAGGGACUGAUGGGCAGCCGUUAGAGGGGGGCGGGGAGCGCGAGCCCGCCGCCGAUGAGAACCCGUCACCUUACGGUGUGCGAUCACUGCUGCUCUGGGGGGGCCGCGGCCACGCCGCCGCGCCCGCCGCCCAACCACCGGCUGCACCGGCCCCUGCGCACGUCAGGGGCGCCGCCGCUGCCGCCGCUGCCCCUGCCGCAGCGGUCGCGCCCAGUGGCGGUGCUCUACCUGCAACGCCCCGCCCAGUGAUGGGCGCCCUCUCGGUGUAUCAAAACCCUGCCUUCCAGUCCCCUGCGCCCUCCCCCGCCGCCAGUUUCAUCACGGCGCGCGGCAUGGACUCGCUGCCAGCUACACCGCCGACGGCAAGGCCUGGAUCCCCACCACCUCGCAGCCGUGUUCUCCCCACCCGGUCCGGUGGCAUAGCCCCCGCUGCGGUGAACGGUCUGCAGGGAUUGUUGCGCGGCGACAGCAACGGCCGUGGCAUGUACGGGAUGUCGCAGCUCAGCCACACCGCAGCGCGCGCUGGUCGCCUGGGCCCUGCACAACGUAUCCCCAGUUCAACCCCGCCGGUGGAGGAGGCGGCGGCGGCCCCCUAUCAGCCGCAGCAGCACUUCACCGCGCCGCCGCCGCUGCCGCAGUCAUCGCCGUUGCAGCAGCAGCCACCGCAGCCGAACCCCAUGUCGUCGUUGCCUGGCCCGUCUGCCGUUGCUCAACAGCAGCCAGAGUUCGAGUUCGACCCUGCCGGUGGCGUCGAUGAUGCUGUUGCGACCUGGUUUGGCCUGGGCGACAUGGUCGAGCCGCCCAUACCGCUGCACGACCUCUGCCUGCUAGCUCGUCGCCUACAGACCGACGGCGCGUUCUUGCAGGCGCACGGCUGGCAUGACGGCAAGCUGGUCUCCGCGGAGGCUCUGAUCAGCGCCUUAGAGCCGCCGUUGGUCCCAAGGGCGUCCGUGCGCUACGGCCCCGACGACUACAGCACGCAGCAGCUGCUUUGGCACCUGCACGACCUCAACCAACGCAACCGGCAGCGCAGCUCGACAGCCUACGUCACGGCUGACGACCUCAUUGCCGACCUGCUGCGGCGCCUCAAGGCCCAGGUCGGCGACGGCCCGCACUGGCUACAGUAUGCACAUGAGCUGAGGGAGUACCUGCGGGGCAACGGACGGGGGUCGGUGGCGCCGCCGCCAAGACUGAUCUCAUCGCUGGCGGGUGCUGGCACAUCGGCGGCGGCCCCUCGGGGCACGCCGCCGGCCGCGGCGGCAGCCACAGGGCAGCCGCCGCUCGUGCCAGUCCCCGCUGGUGGUGGUCACGCGGUGCCGCCAGCAGCCCCCGCGCAAGGAGCCGUCCCCGCAGCCCCACCGCCGCCACCGCCGCCAGCCCCGCCUGCGCCCAACCCUGCAGCUCCCGCCCCCGCCGCGGCAGCUGCAGCUGCAGGGGUUGACGAUGAACCGCCGCCCUUGGGCGCCGCUUACGCAUCCCACCUUAAUGAAGUGGGCAGGCGCCAGCUGCAGCUUACCAAGUUCCGCGACCGCUUCGAUGGCAAGGCGAGCGACUACACCAAAUAUGAGUCGGCGGCGAGGGGCUGGGUGCAGACUGCCCUGGUCAAUGCAGUACCGGGCUUGCCAUGGCCAGACUUCCGUCAACUGGGCAACCUCAUGGCCAACCACACGUUCGUCAACUGCUCGGACCCCAGCAUCUGGUACGAACAAAGCUUCCUGGAUCUGGAGCGCGACCACUACAACGCCUACAGGCAGCGCGGCGGUGUUAAGGAGCAGUACCGCGGGCAGCGGAUUGGCGACUUGGGGGACUUCACCGAAUACAUCCUGCAGGCCCUGAAGCGGCGGUGUGGUGGCAAUCGUGGUGAUGCGGAGGACUGGUUCAAGGACUUCGCGUGGCCGCCCGACCCCAGCAAGCCGGGCUUCGGCCAGACCCCGGCCAAGGUCUAUGCUGAGUACGUGCACGGCUGCAGCAACCUCCCGCAGUUGGAAUACCCGCAGGCUCGUCAAGUGCGCAAGCUGCUGGAGGCCAGCCGCAACCUGCGUGGCUAUGACUUCAUCCGCACCCGGUACGAGGCGCUGAGUGAGCUGCAGCAGCAGGGCUUGACGCUGGAAAGGCUGCGCGACUGGCUGUCUGACAUGGAGUCAGCACGCUCCUCCGAGGGGGGCCUGCAGUUCAGAGCGCCUGCUGCCACCACGGCCACCAGUACACGCCGUGCUGCUGCAGCGUUCCACGCCGCUGCUGCGCCCAGCCCGCCCGAUACCAGAGCCGCCUCGGACCGCUUCACGCUGCAGAUGGCGCAGGACCUCGACGCUGCGCUGGAAACCACUUGCCCUGACGCCGGCAUUUGGUUCACCAACCACCUCCGCGGUCCUUGCCCGAUCCACGCCUGGUACACGGCCACUCCGCACCUGCUGUGUGACUGCCGCGUCGCCAAGGAUUGCUGGAAGUCGAGGGACGCAGCAGGCGCGCUGCGCCGGGGCGAUGAAGGCAUCCUGCGUGCAGAAGCGGAGCAAGUCCUGCCAACUCAGUUGCGUGCUGAUCUGCCAUUUGCUAGGCGCCGCCGGCCAGCCUAUCAGCCCCCGCCGCCCGAUAGGCCGCCUCCACAGCAGCAGCGCGCGCCGCAGCCCUCGCGCCAGUCAGCAGGAGCCAAUCUGCAGCACCCCUUGGCCACCAGGGCAGCAUCGAACCAGUCACGCUCGCGGGUGGUCCCAGCGCACCACGCCGCUGCCGGCAGCUAUGCGGCGCAAGUGCAGGAGCCGCCCCCCUGGCAGGACUUGAUCGACGGCCAGCAACUCCUGUACUACCAUAUCGGCGAGCAGCAUCAGCAGAUGCAGGCCAUGUCCGCCGCCCUCCUGCGUAUCCACCCGCAUGCCCAGCUGCCCUACCUUCGGCACCUGCGACCGCCGGAGCCGGUGGCGUCCCACCUGCCCCACCCGUCGGCCCAGCACGUGACACCAGUGGCAGCCACGGCACCCGCCAUAGCGCCGGCGCCCGCGCACGCCGCCAUGCCGCCCGGCGCCAUGUACGAGCCUGCUGGACCGCACAGCGUCAUGCAUGUCGGCAUGCACGGCGCGCCGCCGUCAGCCAGCCAGCCGCCUGGCGCCGUGGCCCCGCCUACGGCUGGCUACACGCCGGGCAUGUCGGCAUACUACGCCACCAUCAGCAGCAUCCCGCCAGCUGACGCCCCUGCGGUGGCGUACGCAGCGGCCCCAGCGCUGCCGGCCCUGGCGCAGGUGGCCACCAACGGACCCCUUGGGUUCGAGCAGCGUGCGCCCGCAGAAAUCCUGCCACACUUGCGCUCCCAGCCGGCCAAGUUCGCAGGUGAUCCGCAUGCAGUGACCAGCACCUCCGCAGCGUCGCCUACGCUGUCCUCGCUCCUGCAGCAGCUCCUGGCGGGCCUGUCUCAGGCAAGCGGCGCCGCGGGUUCACUGCAGCGGCUUUGUGGCACCGGAUCCUCGUCAUCCGCUGCCCCCAUCCCGGCAGCGGUCGCCGCUGCAGCCGCCGCGGCCGCCAACACCAGCAUCCUGCGCUCGGGAUCACUGCCAUAUCUCCAGCAAGCCCGCCGCACCACCGGCCUGCUGGUCAGCAGUGCAGCUCGGCCCAUGGGCCAGCUGCUUGGCAGGGUACUGGUGGACUCGGGCAGCGCAGUGCACAUCAUGGCGCAACGGGUUGCCAGCAGCCUGGAUCUGGACGUCAUCCCCUUCCCGUCGCUGUCCAUCGCCACGGCGGCGGGACGCAGCAGCGUCUUGGGCGUCACGGAGGUCACCUUCAGCUUCGCCAGCGGCACGCCCGACGCCAUCACCCACCGCACGUCAGCCCUGGUCGUAGAGGACACUGGUGCAGAGGCGUUUGACCUGAUCCUGGGCACCGAGGUCCUGUGGCACAACUUCGGCUGCGACAUCUUGCUGGGUGGCCCCACGCCGCUGCUCCGGCUGCGCCGAGGCUACGUGCACCCGCAGCCCUGCGCCCACCUCCCCACCACCUCCCUGCCCAUUGCCAUGCCUGAUCCACCGCCAGCUGCCAACGCCACCGCCCUUGACGUCGGUGGCGCCUCGCUGCUGCAGUCCCAGCCGCUGGAGCAGCCGCUAGCAGCGCUACCAACCACCGCCGGCCUGCCUCGUGCCGCCGGCGGCCAGCCAUGACGCAGCCGCCGUCCGCAGCGGAACGGCAGGGUUCCGCUGCCGGGUCGUCGCCGCCGUGCCGCGGCGACACAAGUCCGGGCAGUUGUGCUCCGGAUGGGCGUCGGUUGCCUCCGCAGGAAGCGGAAUUCGAGCGGCUGCCGCAGGGCAUGCUGUUGACAAAGCGUUCAGACCUGUCAGCAGUACAGCGGGAACAGCUGGUGCAGCUGUUGCGGGAGCAUGACGACCUCUUCGCCCGCAGCCUGACGGACUUAGGCGAGUACAGGGGUGACGUAGGGCCUUUCCGCAUUGACCUGAUCCACGACCGGCCUAUUUGGCAGCGACCAUGGAACCACUCCGCUGCCGAGUACGAAGUUAUGGAUCAGAAGUGCGGGGAACUAGCCGGGGCCAACAUCAUCGAAACCAGCCGCAGCUCCAAGUAUGCCAUGAACUCGGUGAUGCCGGUUAAGAAGGAUGCUAACGGGCAGUUCACAGAGACGCGUUUCUGCCAGGACGCGCGCCGUACCAACGCUGCCACCAUGCCUGACCCGUACAGCCCGCCCCUGCCGGAGGAGCUGUUUCAGCGCAUAGGGUCUGCCCGUUGGCUAACCAAAGCAGAUUGCCGUGCCGCAUUUCUGCAAAUCCCCAUCCUGCCGGAGCACCGUGAGCGCACCUCCUUCUGGUGGCGCCGGGACCUGAUGCAGUACCGGCGGAUGGUGUACGGCCUGCGCAAUGCCACUGCGCACUUCCAGCGGGUUAUGGAUUUCCACAUACGGCAGCACGGGCUGCAGGACUUCGUCUGCGCCUAUGUGGACGACCUGCUGAUCUUCUCCAACACCUUUGAGGAGCACUGCGAACACCUGCGCCGUGUUUUCGCCAUGCUGCGGGCCAUCAACAUCCGUCUGCACCCGGAGAAGACGAUGGUGGCCAGCGACUGCGUGGAGUUCCUGGGGUUUAUGGUCUCGGCUGACGGCAUGGGCCCUACCCGCGCCAAGGUAGCCGCCUUCCUGGCGCUCACCUCGCCCACGUCAGCCACCGCUCUCAAGACCAUCCUGGGCAUGUACGGCUACUACCGCGACCUAGUCCACCAUUACGCCGACAUCGUCGCCGGCAUCACGCCGCUGACCUCCAAGAACGUUGUCUGGCGCAGCGACACUUGGCGUCCUGAGCAUCAGGCGGUGCUGGACGAGCUCAAGCGCAUCUACUCUGAGGAGGGGCUGGUGCUGCGGCGUGUGCACCCCGACCGGCCCUUGAUCCUGCAUACGGACUUCUCAGGUGUGGGAAUUAGCGGCGUGCUGGGUCAGCUGGACGAUCAGUCGCGGGAGUACAUGUGCGCCUGCAUAUCGCGGUCGCUGAACGUGCAUGAGCGCAAGUACACCAGCUACAAGGGCGAGCUGCUGGCAGUGGUCUGGGCCGUCAAGCUGCUGCACAGCUACCUCAGCAGCCGGCCGUUCACGGUCGUUACCGAUCACGCCCCGCUGCUGUGGCUGAUGACGACCUCGGAGGGCCUCACCCCGCAGUACGCUCGCUGGGCGCUGACGCUGCAGGCCUACGACUUUGACGUCGUGCACCGCCCAGGCCACCUCCACCAGAACGCGGAUGCCCUCAGCCGCAGCCCGCUCCCGUCUGCCCAUGACGGUUCUGGUGCCCGUCUUGACGAGGAGGAUGACCCCGUUCGCCCACCGCCGGCGCUCGUGGCUUAUCCUGGGGUGGAGUGGCCGUCGUUCGCCUUCCGCCGCCGCCUGCCCACGGCCGCGGCGGUACUGGCGGCCCGUUUCGCGCUGUCCCCGUCCACAGCGUCGCCAGCCAGUGUCAUCUCCUACGCCGCCAGCUUGGCGCCCGUGGCGCUGCUGCCAGCGUACACGGUCGUUGCGGCAAUCCCCGAGCACAUCCGCUGCUUGUCGCUGCAUGCAGUGGAGGCGUCGAGCGCCACCAGCAGCCUGGUCGUGUCAGCUGGAGAGCUUGCAGAUCCCGUGCCUGAUCCGGUGCCCCCUGCCAUGCGCCGCGCGACCAUGCAGGUGCGGCUCGAGCGCCCUGCGCUGCGCGCCAUUGUGCCGGUCAGCGCCCUGCCGCUGCGCCUGCGGGUGCCCGACCAGGCGGUGGUCGGCAUCAACACGGCGCUGGUGCAGCACGGCCUGUUCCCCGUGGCGCUGGGAGGUGACGGUGUGGCGGUUCUGGAGCUGCCGGGCGGCCUCUGCUCGGGCCUGCUGGCGUGCCUGCAACUGGGCCUGCGAGUGCGCCGCUAUAUUCCCCUUAGCGGCGACCCCACCUCGCAGGCCGCUGCUGCGGCGCUGCAGCCGUAUGUGGUGCGGCAGUAUGGCGGCUUGCUGGCGGCUGGUGCUUGGGACGAGGGGUUGCGCGCGCCGGCAUGCUCGGCGACGGAGCUGGUGCAGUGGGCCGUGUCGGACGCUGGGGCAGAGGCGCUGGGUCUCCUUACCCAAGGUCAGUGGCUGGUCAUGGGCAGUUGGGCGGGCGACGUGGGCUGGUCAGCGCAGUUGUACGUGAGCUUGCUGGGUGCGGUGCAGAGCAGCAUGCGGGCGGCAGGGGUGCCGCCGCCGGCCUUCCUGUUGGAGGGUCCCCCGUGCACGCUAGAAGCCGCAGAAGCCGCUGGCCUGCCGCUGGGCUACCCUGCCACUGUUGACGCCGUGCAAACUGGCGCUGUCUUGCACCGUCUCAGCAGCAUCUACACCAACCUGGCCAACCCAGCUCACCUGGCUUACUGCCUCCGCCGGCUCCCACCGCCGGCGGACGCAACGCUAGCAUCUCGCCUCCCUGACGGCUGGUUCCCAGCCCCAGCCACGCAGCCACUGCCUUCGCCGUACGCGCCGCUUGAGGUCCCGGGCGUCCCAUGGGUCGCGCUGCCGCCACUAGCGCUGAUCGGCACGCCGCCGCUACUGCAAGGGGCCAACCGCGUUCCUGCAGUGCCCGAUGCCGCCUUGGUCGCCGCGCUUGCAGGCUUUCCGCCGCUGCCCCAGCAUCCCAGUCUGCCAGCCCUGCUGCCGCGUCAGCCCCCGCCGCCGGUCCUCACGGCGGCGCUAGCCAGUUGCCUUGCGCUUCAUCGCGCCUUCGUCACACCUCAUGACCUGCAACCGCUGCAGCCUCGGCACGUAGCCGAACCGGCGCGUCCGCUGGGGGGGGUGUCAAGUGACGUCGACGCCUUGGAGGCCAGCUUCAGCGUGGACACGCAACUCGGCUCAGGUUUGGCGGCGGCCGCAGCACUGGAGGCAGCUGCGGCUGCGCACGAUGCAGCGUGGCUGACGGUACUGGCGUGCGACGUCUUGGUACAGCGGACGCGUGGCUCGGCGGUCGUGGAAGCCACGACGGCGGUCGUGCAGGAGGAGACAGCAGCAGCGGGCAGCGAUCCUGACGUGUGGGGUGAUGCGGAGGCCAUGGCAGUCAUUCGUGCGCCGCUCUCAGGCCGUGUGCCGCCUGGGGAGGCAGCCGGAGCAUCUUCCGCCAGGGUGUUGCGUCGCGCGUCGCACUACCGCUGGACUGGCUCGCAGCUGCUGCGCAUGAUGGCGGAUGGCUCCACGCGCGUCUGCCCGCCGCCGGCAGAUCGCAUGGACCUGACUCAGCGGACUCAUGCAGUGGCGCACUUGGGUGUGCGGCGUACGUUGGCGCUGCUGCAGCUGGGUUACUGGUGGCAUGGCAUGCGCAGCACUGUUCGGCAGGUAGUGGGCUCCUGCAAGCUCUGCGACAUGUGCAACAGCUCUGGCUCAUCGCGACCAGUGCAGCUGCAGCCACUGGCGAUCAAGGGCAUGUUCUACCGCUGGGGCAUGGACUUGGCUGGGCCGCUGCCGCCUACCAAGCCGCACGGCUUCACCUACGUGAUGGUGUGCGUAGAACACUUCACCAAGCAUGCGGAGUUUCUGCCGUUGCGGGAUAAGACGGCGGACGAGACGGCCAGGGGCUUGUUGGAGGUCAUCGCCAGGUUCAGCGCGCCGGCGGAAGUAGUGACGGAUCAGGGGGGGGAGUUCGAGGGGGCCUUCAGCCGCCUUCUUGAGCAGUGUUACGUGGACCAUCGGCCGACGUCUGCGUAUCACCCGCAAGCCAACGGUGCAGCGGAGCGGCUGGUGCAGGUGCUCAAGUCAGCCCUGCGCAAGUACUGUGCUGAGAGCGGCAGUCCUGAAACAUGGGAUCAGCACUUGCCGUGGUUGGCUCUCGCCUAUCGCUGUUCACCGCAGGCCUCCACCAAGCUUGCCCCGUACACCCUCAUGUACGGCGUGCCGCCAGUCGUGCCACCGGCGGUACGAGAGCGCUUCCAGGCGGAGCUGGCCUUCACUGGGAAUGCCGGUGAGCAGGUCUACGCGCGGGCCUUGGUGGAGAGGGCAGCGCUGCUGCAGCGGCACGCGCCGGCCGCUGCCGGCAACCUGCUCAUAGCGCAGCACAGAGACACCAGGCGGUACGCGCUCGUGCGCUCAGGGCUGUGGCGCCCCCCGCAGCUGCAGUUUGCUACGGGCGACUAUGUCUAUGUCCGGCGGCAAAACCCCAGCAACACGCUGCAGCCGCCGGUGCGCGAGGCCGUCUUGCGAGUGGAAUCGGUGGGUCCCUUGGGCGUGGCGGUGCUCAUAGGACGUGACGGCACGCGCAUCAGGCGCCGGGUGGAGCAGCUUGUGCCCUGCCAUCUGCCAGACUUGGACCCUAUCGUCGACCCGCGGCUCAUGCGCCCGGCAGCGGACCACGCCUGCCAGGUCUGUGCCUCGCCUCGUGACGGCGGCAAGAUGCUGCUGUGCGACGCCUGCGGUACCGGUUGGCACCUGUACUGCCUCGUGCCACCAUUGUCGCAAGUCCCCGAGGGCAGCUGGGUGUGCCCGGAAUGCGUGCAGCUGCAGCGGGAGGCGCCGGCGGGGCCUGCGCCGCCCCAGCCGGAGCCCACCGCUGUGCUGUUUCCGAACGCCGCCACGCGGCGGCGUGACGACGAGGCGGCGGCUCUGGAUGGACGCCGCAUCGUACGCAUGGUCAGCAAGGGGCGCGGUCGCGGGCGCGAGGAGCAGCUCGGCGUGCUGCGCUACCGCGGCGGUCUGGCGAGGCCCCACUACUUCUAUGCCGAGUGGGACGGGGGCUUUGCUGAGGCGGUCGGGCUGCCUGCGGCGAAGCGCAUGCUGAUGCCGGAGCAGACGAGUACGAGGAAGAAGGGCAGGUAGCGUUGUUUUGGGCUAGGAAAAGGCGUGCCAUGCCGCGCGGCCGAGAAGGGGAUAUUGCUUAGGUUGUGGAAGUUAGGUUGGCGUUGCCGGCUCGCUGCACCGCGAGUGCGAGGAGUAGGGGUUAUCCUAGGGAGCGCAGCCAGACUCGCCGCUGUUGGGGGUAGUAAGGGGGAGCGCCAAGCCGCGUGGCCCGCUAUAGAAGGUUGGUGUAGGGAUCUUGGUGGCUAGUGGCUAGUGGGUACGUCAAGCCGCGUGCUCUCGGUCUUGCUUCGAGUUCGUCAGUUGCUUAGGGAAGGAACGCCAAGCCGCGUUGCCUGUUAUGCCUGUUUUGGGCGUUGUGACUCUUUUCUCAGUUGUGUCAGGUGAGACAAGGGGGUGAGGCCAGGACGCCUGGUUUUUGGUUGGAUUUUGGGUGGCAGCGUACUUCGCCGUGCCUGCUGCUGGUGCCUUUUCUGUGGCGGAGGCUUGACUAUUGCCGCUUUCGUGGCCUGCCUGCCUGAAUUGGGGGUGGGUUUGCUGUGCUUGGUUUGCCGGUUGACCCGUGGGUCGGUGCACCUUAGGCUCUGACCGCCUGAGUGCCGCUCGUGCUGGCUCUAUGGCUGGCUUGGUAGCUGGUUUCGUGAACCUGAGGAUUGCUGCGUGGAUUUCCGUGCGGCGUGGUAUGCGCGCGUUUCAGUGGCCAGACGUGCGAGCCUUGGAUUUUCCUGUGGAGUUGACUGUCGUACCCGCUGCCGGUAGCAGUGUGACUUGGGGUGUCCUGGGCUGUUGUUCCGCCCUUGCGUCGUCGAGGUCCUCGGUCGGGGGGGGGAAGGUUCCACCCCAUGUCAUGAUUUGGCAUGUUUCAUCGCUGGAGCAUGACAGCUGUCGUGUGCAAGUCGUGUUCCUAGGACCAACCGUCCAACUGUCUUGCCGAAGUUGGAAGAAGAGACGCCUGCGGUGUUUAUUGGUUGCUUUACGUAUAGCGGUUUAUUGGUUAUCCGCUUGCUUUGCCAGUGUUUGCGAUGCGCUUGCCCGUAUCUCGCGAUUUGGUCGUUAGUUCGUUGCCUUCCCUGGAGUCGUAGAUCUUGGGCCGGCUUGUUUGUUCCCGAGAGCGCCUGGUUCGGCGCUUCUCGGGGCCUCACAGUGCUACACCGCACGGCAACAUUUACAGUCCGUAAUCGUUGUUAGAGUCCAACGAAAGCCUACUAUACUGACCGUGCAUAGCGCUACCAGCUGCGUCGCAAUAGCCGGCUUGGCCAGCCCUAUCGCGUAGCACCUAUCUAGCACACCAGCCUGCUAUUUAGUAGCCGUAUCAGCGCCGGCAAUCGGAGCGUGGGGCCUCAGCCGCCUACUUACUUCGGGCCUCUGCGACGUCGUGGCGCGUCGCACCGCUUACAGUAUCGCCUACAUCCUAUAGGGGUUACCGGGCGGUGCCUUUGGCUACCACAUCCCGGUGCGGAGUGUCCCUCAGCCACACUUCGCGUCAGCAUAAGGCCUCAUUCUCAGGCAGCUGACUAAUCCCUGGUGCUCCUUGCCGGCACCAUCCAUUCAACAAUUCAAGCAUAGGAUUGUUGUUUGGUCAACCCGC